GACCAACCCUGGGUUUGGCCGCCUGAAGCCCUUCCCCGUUGGCUUCCGGGAGAAGGAUUAGGAGGAGCGUUGCUGGGAGAAGCGGUGCUCAGAAAGGAGAAGGCUCUCUCUUUCCUUCCUGGGCGCGAUGCCGGGCGAAAGGCGAGGAAUCGCCUACCUUGGGCUCCAACCCUCCGGCAGAAAGAAAUGCAGCCCAGAAGAAAGGGCUUCCCUUUACAGCAAGCUAACAUAUUCUUGGUUCAGCAGUAUUAUAACUUUAGGUUACAAUAAACCACUGGAAAGGCAGGACCUGUUUGAGCUCAAUGAAAGUGAUUCAGCCUAUGUUGUGUGUCCAGUUUUUGAAAAGCAGUGGAGAAAGCAACAUUUUAAGUCAGCCAAGGAGACAAAGGUUCCUAUAUAUAAUGAAAUUACUAAGAAGCCAGUUGCCCGAAAAACAUCUCUCCUUCUGCCACUGUGGCACACAUUUAAAUUCUCAUUGAUCAAGGUUGCUACUCUGAAAGUUGUGGCUGACACUUUGGCUUUUACAAGCCCACAGGUUAUGAAAGAAAUGAUUCUUCAGUAUGAACAUCAUUCAGAUUCAUAUUCAAAUGGUUGUCAGUAUGCACUGGAUCUGCUCCUUGUGGUGGUUUUGCAAACACUUAUACAUCAGGUUUACCAGCGUCUUAACAUUCUCACUGCUGUAAAAAUUAAGACUGUAGUUGUUGGACUUGUGUACAGAAAGGCUUUAACAUUAUCCAGUUCUUCUCGGCAAAAAUAUACAACUGGUGAAAUAGUAAACCUGAUGUCUGCAGAUAUCCAACAACUUAUGGACUUGAGUGUCAACCUCAAUCUUUUGUGGUCAGCUCCUUUUCAGAUCCUGUUGGCCAUCGUCUUUCUUUGGCAAGAACUGGGUCCUUCAGUCUUGACUGGUGUUGGUGUACUACUUUUAGUUUUACCUAUAAAUGCGUUUUUUGCUUCCAAAGUAGAGCAACUCAAGAAAAGCCAGAUGAAGAAUAGUGAUCAACAAAUUAAACUUCUAAAUGAAAUCUUGCAUGGAAUAAAGAUUCUCAAGUUAUAUGCAUGGGAGCCAUCAUAUCAGAGAAAAAUUCUGGAAAUUCGGGAAUGUGAAAUAGAUGUUCUGAAAUCCAAAGGAUACCUGACAACAGCUUCCAUGCUCACAUUGACAUGCAUUCCUUUCCUGGUUUCUCUGGCUACUUUUGGAGUCUAUUUUGUGUUAGAUGAAGAAAAUAUUUUAACAGCUGCUAAAGUGUUUACUUCUAUCUCCCUGUUUAAUAUUUUGCGUCUGCCUUUGUUUGAUUUGCCUACGGUAAUAUCUUCAAUAGCUCAGACAAAGGUUUCCCUGAGUCGUCUGGAAGAUUUUCUGUCUUCUGAAGAUCUUGACCCACAGAACAUUAACUCAGACUGUGCUGGAGAUCAUGCGGUUAAAUUUGUUAAUGCCUCUUUCUGCUGGGAGAAGAUUGGCGCCUCGACUUUAAAUAAACUAAACCUAGAGAUUCCAGAAGGUUCUUUGGUUGCUGUUGUGGGCCAAGUGGGAGCAGGGAAAUCAUCUCUCCUUUCUGCCAUUCUUGGAGAAAUGUUAAAAACAGAAGGAACUGCUCAGAGAAAAGGAUCAGUGGCUUAUGUUUCUCAGCAAGCUUGGAUACAGAAUGCCACUUUGCAAGAAAAUAUUCUCUUUGGUUCAGAACUAAGCCAGGUAUUUUAUGAAAGGGUUUUGGAGGCCUGUGCUUUGUUGCCAGACUUGGACCAGUUACCAAAUGGAGACCAAACAGAAAUUGGAGAAAGGGGUGUGAAUAUAAGUGGUGGCCAGAAGCAGAGAGUCAGCCUAGCUAGAGCUGUGUACAGCAAUGCUGAACUAUACUUACUGGAUGACCCUCUGUCUGCUGUAGAUGUCCAUGUUGGGAAACACCUUUUUGAGAAAGUGAUUGGGUCCACAGGCUUGUUGAAACACAAGACCCGUAUUUUAGUGACUCACAACCUGACUCUGCUGUCUCAGAUGGACAUCAUAGUUGUGAUGGAAGAUGGGAGAAUUACUGAAAUGGGGAGUUAUAAAGAGCUGCUUUCUAAAGGAGCCAAUUUUGCUGAACUUGUUCUGACUUUUGGUGGAGGAAAGGAAGAUGAAGAGACAUCCUCAGUGUUAAGUAAGAAAAUAAAAUUGGCUUUCAUAUAA